AUGGCGGAUGAUCACAAGGAAGAGGAGAAAAAUGAAGAGUCUUUGAUGGAGAAGAUCGUCGACAAGAUCCACGGCGGCAGUUCAUCGUCUUCGUCGUCGUCGUCGGAUUCUGAGGAUGAUAAGACGUCGUCGUUUAAGGCCAAGGUCUCCCGACUCUUCGGGAGGGAGAAGCCUGUUCAUAGGGUCCUCGGUGGUGGCAAACCUGCUGAUGUGUUUUUAUGGAGGGAUAAGAAGGUCUCGGCAGGAUUGUUUGGUUUGGCCACCUUAAUCUGGGUUCUUUUUGAUGUCCUUGAAUACCAUUUGCUCAGUUUCAUCUGCUACAGUUUGAUCCUGGUGUUAACUGUUCUGUUCUUGUGGUCAAAUGCCUCCUCAUUCAUCCACAAAUCUCGUCCAAGAAUCCCGGAAGUGAGUAUCCCUGAAAAGCCAUUGCUCGAAUUUGCCUCUGCUUUGAGGACUGAAAUCAAUCGUGGGUUUGCAGUUCUGAGGGAUAUUGCAUCCGGACGGGAUGUGAAGAAAUUUCUCUCUGUCAUUGCUGGCUUGUGGGUUUUGUCAGUCGUGGGAGGUUUCACCGACUUUCUGACUCUUCUGUAUACAAUUACCGUGCUGCUGUUCACCGUGCCUAUCUUUUACGAGAAGUAUGAAGACCAAGUGGACUCUUUUGCUGAGAAGACACUAGCUGAGCUCAAGAAACAGUAUGCCGUAUUCGAUGCUAAAGUUCUGAGCAAGAUCCCUAGAGGACCAUUGAAAGGCAAAAAAUGGGAAUAA